GAGCACGGAUAAAGUGCAGUGCCCGCAGCUGUGGGAUGAGUAAAACUUCCUAAAAGGUAUACAAGGUCGGCUGCCCUGCCUGGCAGGUGCUCUACUGACAGCACCCUUCCUCCUGCAGCUCAGCUCCUCACACAGACCUAAGGAAAAAAGAACAGUCACCAAGAAACACCCGUCCAGAAUGCCACAAAACGUUAUUCUCCAAGGACCGGCACCCUGGGGAUUCAGGCUCUCGGGAGGAACAGAUUUUAACCAACCCUUAAUCAUAACCAGGAUUACACCUGGAAGCAAGGCUUCAGCUGCCAACCUGUGCCCUGGGGAUGUUAUUGUAGCUAUUGAUGGGCUAAGCACAGAGAACAUGACACAUAACGAUGCCCAGGAGAGAAUUAAAGCAGCUGCACAUCAGCUUUGUUUGAAAAUAGAGAGGUCAGGAACUAAAUUAUGGUCCCCACAAGUUUCAGAAGAUGGCAAAGCACAUCCCUUCAAGAUAAACUUGGAAGCUGAACCACAGGAUAUGAACUACUUUGAACACAAGCAUAAUAUUCGGCCCAAACCUUUCAUAGUCUCAGGCCGAAGCAGUGGAUGCAGCACUCCUUCGGGGAUUGACUGUGGCAGUGGACGCAGUACCCCCUCUUCGAUUAGCACGGUUAGCUCUAUCUGCCCUACCGAGCUGAAAGCAGUGUCUAAGAUGGCCCCUAACAUUCCCUUGGAAAUGGAGCUUCCCGGUGUCAAGAUUGUACACGCUCAGUUUAACACACCCAUGCAGUUGUACUCAGAUGACAAUAUCAUGGAAACACUGCAAGGCCAAGUUUGUACAGCUCUGGGGGAAACGCCUGUAAUAAGUGACCCAUCUCCCAACUCAGUGCCUCAGUCUGACGUGUACAAGAUGCUGCAUGCCAACCAGGAGGAGCCCAGUCAACCUCGCCAGUCUGGCUCCUUUAAGGUGCUCCAGAACAUAGUCUCCGAGGAAGAUGGACGCCCGGUGGGUACAAGAAGCGUGAAAGCACCUGUAACAAAGAUACCUACCGCCAUGCCCGGUGUCCAGAAAGUGCCACUGUGUGACAAGUGUGGGAAUGGGAUUCUAGGAACAGUGGUGAAGGCACGUGAUAAAUACCGGCACCCAGAAUGUUUUGUGUGCUCUGACUGCAAUCUCAACCUGAAACAAAAAGGCUACUUCUUUGUGGAGGGCCAGCUAUACUGUGAAGCUCAUGCACGAGCUCGCAUGAGGCCACCAGAGGGAUAUGAAGCAGUUACCGUUUACCCAAAAUGCUAGUCUUACGUUAACACACAAAUAUAUGCAUGCACACAAAAAGCCAUUAACAGCUUAGAACUGCAGUACAAGUGUCAGGACUUCUGCCUGAUUCCAAAGUAGCAGCUUUUAAACCUUUUCUUGUGGGAUUCUGAGGGAGGUGGAAGUCCCUGUUAGCCAGCAGUAGCAUAUUAUACCAGUAAAAUUCUGCUAAAAUAUUAUCUUUGAAGCUGCCAAUAUAACUCAAUGAAGUAUAAACUAAAACAGCUGUAUUGGAAUAAAAAAAGUGAAACAGCUGAGGUAUUACAUGAUUACUACAGCAUAUAUGUAAGUGCUGUAAUCAAGACAUUAUUUUUAACAUGAAUUAAGUAUCUGUGCAAACACCAAAGCCAUCAACGUGUUACAGGCUGGGCCCUAACAAAUGUAGAAACUUGACAGAACAUUAGAAAAGCAGCUAUUUUACAUGGAUAGUACAAAACAAGCAGUUGUUCAUGUCUGCUUCCACCAUCUAUUAUUCAACUACCAUUAAUGUAUGCCAAAAAUAAAUUUUGCUUACUUUGCUUUCAAUUUGGGGUUAUAUCGACUUGAUUUUCUGAUGCAGCAACUGUGAUAAGGAAUAAAUAUCAAGUCAUACAAUAAAAUGGCUAGUAUAAUAAAGACUGUUUAGUAAGAAGCAAAAUAGAAGUUCUAUGUUGUUUUAAUGAUUUGCAAUUAAAUCAGCUUUCACAUCACUUAGCAGAAAAUUGUUCUGAGGCAUGCACACACAUACAUUGGUUUGUGGGGAAAAAAAACCCCACACACUAAUAGGAACUCACUGCAAA